GUCACCCAUUUUCCGUCCACCCAUGUGGAAAAAUAUCGAGCUCAUUUAUUUAUAACUAUUACCUUCAGUCGAAACCGCGCUUUCAACACGCCUAGCGUGAAAAAUGUCGGUCGAGACCGAAAAACAAGUGAAGUGCUGCUGCUUUUCGAAAAAUUCGAAACAGGUCGAGAUGGCCUCGCAAAACAAAACCGAAUCGUCGCUCCCAACGGCGAAAGUGCCUUUUGCGGCCGACCUUCCGGAUUUAUGCGCCGGAAAAGCGAUUUAUGUCACCGGAGUCGUUUUGCCGAAAUGCUCAAGAUUCGCGGUGAAUUUAACAUGCGGCAAAAGUCCAACAGCGGACGUGGCGUUCCAUCUGAAUCCGCGCCUCCUCCAGCACUACAUCGUCCGAAACACUCGACUAAACGGCCAAUGGGGAGACGAGGAAAAAACCUCCACAGUGAAGUUCCCCUUUCGACGCGAAGGAAAAUUCAACGUUUGCAUUCUUAUCGGCGACGGGGAGUUUCAAGUGGCCGUGGAAGGGGUGUUUUUUUGCAGCUACAAGUUCCGGGUGGCCUUAGCCAAAAUCACUGCAAUCGACAUACAGGGCUGUGUUGAUGUCUUGGGAGUGGAUUGCAAGCAACUGCAAAUUUAUCCCGAAAUCGGACCCGGAACCGUGCCUAACGUCUCCGUGGGACAUCGGGAAGCCGAUACUCCCAAAGUCGGAAUGGAUACUCCGGUUACGUUUUUAUUGCCUGGAGGUUUUCAGCGAGACUGGCAAUUAGAGAUUUACGGCCGGGUAAAAAUUCUACCCCAUUCGUUCUACGUUAAUCUACAAGAGGGGUCGCAUCGAUGGCCGCAUCCCAGGAUCCCGCUGCAUUUGAAUCCGCGCUUUAGUAUGGGUUCGGGGGAGCCCUUGUUCGUGAGGAACGCCUGGAUUGACGGAGGUUGGGGUCAAGAAGAGCGCACUCCUGGAUUCCAAUUUGCGCCCGGCUCACCUUUCACUAUGGCAAUCCGACGAGGGAGCGAUCAUUUUUCUGUUUGGAUAGACGGCAAACUAGCCGGAGAAUUUAAAUUUAGGGGAACCGUCGACAACACUGAUACCGUCCACAUGGAAGGGGACGUCGUUAUCUUUGAUGUGCGUUUAAACCAGCCGCUCUAAUUAAAACACAUAGUUUUAUAUUCAAUUAAAUCGACUGCAAUUAUUACCCUUACGGAUGAGUGAUCAAAGAGCGGCCGUCAAAUGUGGCCAUUUAAUAAGCAUAUAUUAAUAUAUAAAUGAUAAUCAGCCAGAAAGAAACUGUAAAUAUUGUGUUUUAUAUGAGAUGAGCAAAUAAAAUGCAUGAAAACUA